CCAAGAAUUGAACAAAUAUAUAUGAAAUUGAAAUAAAUAAAAAAUGCCGCGUGCUGUCAAGACAAAGGCGCCAGGCGCUGCCGCAGUGCCGGCUAAAAAGGCCGCCGGCAAGAAAAGCAAGCUUUAUGCCAUGCCAGAAAAGCUUAAGGAAGGCACAGUUCUAACCGAUCUGAUCAAAGGACAGUGGCGUAUUGGCGCUUCGAUAGGCAUUGGUGGCUUCGGCGAAAUAUAUGCUGCGUGUCGAGUGGGUGAGAAGAACUACGACGCAGUUGUUAAAUGUGAGCCACAUGGUAAUGGGCCGCUUUUUGUCGAAAUGCAUUUUUACUUGCGCAAUGCGAAGCUGGAUGACAUAAAAGAGUUCAAGCAGAAGCAUGGCCUAAAAUCACUGGGCAUGCCAUAUAUACUAGCUAACGGUUCGGCGGAUAUUAAUGGUAUAAAGCACCGCUUCAUUGUUAUGCCGCGCUACGGCAGCGAUAUAUCAAAAUUCUAUGUAGAGAACGGAAAACGCCUACCCGAGGGUACUGUCUAUCGACUGGCUAUACAGAUGCUAGACGUGUAUGAGUUUAUGCAUAGCACUGGAUAUGUACAUGCAGACCUCAAGGCGGCUAAUAUUCUAUUGGGUACAGGAAAAGGAGGUGGUGCGCAGGCCUAUUUGGUAGACUUCGGGCUGGCGUCGCAUUAUGUUACGGGCGAAUUCAAACCAGAUCCAAAGAAAAUGCACAAUGGCACAAUCGAGUACACAUCACGCGACGCUCAUAUGGGUGUUGCUACUCGGCGUGCGGAUCUAGAAAUUUUAGGUUACAAUCUCAUCGAAUGGUUGGGCGUGGAGCUGCCGUGGGUUAAGGAGAAAUUACUUGCGGUGCCGACCAAGGUGCAAAAAGCUAAGGAAUCUUUUAUGCUCGAUGUAAGCUCUGUACUGAAAUCUCUCUUCCCGAAAGGCGUACCUGCAGCUAUUGCUGAUUAUUUGAAGUAUGUUUCAAAAUUGGCGCACAAUGAGGCGCCAGAUUAUGGAAAGUGUCGCAAUAUCUUUUUGAAUGCUCUAAAGCAAAUGAAGAUAUCGAAUGCUGGUGAUCUAGAGUUCAAGCUAAAGCCGACGAGCAGCAAUAACAACAGUUCGCCAGAAAAGAGCAAAGGAGCAGCAGCUUCUAAGGGUGGGCGCUCCAAAGCUGCAGCCUUGACGGCUGAUUCCUCGGUCGAAGAAGUGAUUGAAGCCAGCGAUGAGGAUGAUGACGGCGAUAACAUGUUUGAACCUGAACCACGUAAAAAGCCCGCAAAACCAUCCCCUGCUAUACGCGCGAAACAAAAAAAGAUUUCUCCUACGCGCAGACCAGCGAUCAAAGUAGAACGCAUGAAGCCUUCACCGACUUCGCCCAGAAAGCGACAAGCGGUACAUAUUGCAUCGCCAUCGCCGAGAAAACGCCUGCCCGCAGUUUCUCCAGGUGUUUCGUCACCUUCGCCCAGAAAACGGGCAUCGGUGGCAUCGCCUAGUCAGCGCAGUCCCACACAGAAGCGUUCUAGAACCAAUGGACCCUCCACCCCCAAACCGACUUCAAGCGCACUGUCAGACAAGCGGCAGACUCCAGGCACAGCCAAUGGGCUAAAUGCCAAAAUUAAUUUUAGCCCAUCAGUUUCGGUUCGCGGCAGGCCUGGUAAAACUGUGGUCAACGAUGAUCUGACGCCAAAUCCUCGCUCAAACAAAACCUACGAAUUUAAUUUUGAGUUAGACGUCAGCAUGGACGCAAAUGUGAUUGUUAAUGUGAAGCGUAAGAAGAAAGUACCCCCCACAACAACUGCCAAAAGCCAGGGGAGUAGUGGAAGCAUUGGAGGAGGCUCUGGUGACGCUAGAACGCCUAAACAUGCAGCUGCUUCCAAUGAAGGCGAUACGCCCGUCACCCGGGUAAAUUUACGAAAGGUAGAUGGGGAGACUGGCACUUCUGCAUCGUCAUCAUCAGGACGCAGUCCUCGAACGCCUGCCGUCACAGUACGCAAGUACAAACAUUAGGCACAUUCCUUGCCUUUCCAUUAUAUACACAUAUACGGUUGGUUGGAUUCCAUUGCCAAGGACCAAAUCGUUUAUUUUUACAUUUCUACUUAUUUACUUUCUUUAAGUUAAUAAAAUAAAGUUUUUCAUACAAUUAA